UGAAAACGUACGCUGGUCAUUUAAUUAGGUGUUUAUAAAGUUUUGCAAACAUUUUUUGAAGUGAAAUAAAAAAUGAGUGCUUCAAUUGAAUGGACACUUGGGGCUAUUGAAAAAUUGAUAGACCUAUAUCGCCAAAAACCGGAAUUGUGGGAUCCCAAAGAUAACACAUAUCACAUUAAAACUAAAAAGCAUGAUGCUUGGACCAACAUUUCUUUGGACAUGGGAAUCGAUGUUGAUGCUGUUAAAUCUAAAAUUACUUCAUUAUUGUCUUCAUAUAGAAGAGAAAAAAGAAAAAUGAAAAAAUCGACCGGCACUGGAAAAGAAAAGGACACACCAAAGGACACUCUUAAUACAGAAGAAAUAUACUAUGAAGAAAAUUCGCAAGAUAAUUUGCAACCUUCUGUUGAUGAUACCAAUGAUCAAAGUGAACUACAAAGUGAAAAACAAAGUACUGAGCAAUCUAUUGAAAAUGUCAUUAAAUCCUCCUGUCAAAGCAAUGGAACAAAUACAAUAGCCAAAAGAAAGAUAUUUGUCUACCCAAAGGAAAAUCCUAAACGUAAAAUGGUAACAGAAGACCGUAGAUUGAGUAAAGCAUAUGACAUCAUCGAUAGCAUUUCAAGCGAACCUGCGUCCAGUCGCGAUGAAUGCUCAGUAUAUGGAGAGCAUGUCGCUAAUAAGCUGCGAAAAUUAAAUGAAAGAAGUAGAGCUAUCCUUAUCCAUAAAAUCAAUAACUUGAUCUUUGAAGCUGAGAUGGAAACGUUCAAUGAGCUGCACAGGUUGGCUCAAUUUUCCACGAGCCUAUUUUCUAGUUUAGUCAAAAGGUUUUGCAGCAUUGAAUCGAUAUCCCCUGCACCGGUAAAAAAUGAAAUUAUCCGGAUCCUCGCCUUCUUCAAUCAGUGCUUGGCGAAGCCGCCCCUGUAA